CUACUAACUACCUCUAUAGUUUCGUUUCCUCGGAGCUUAUUCCUCCACGUAUUAAUAUUUUUAUAAUAUAUGCUCGACAAAAUGGAGUUUCUUACUAAUAAAGCAUAUUAUUUAUUUAUUUAUUUCAUCUCCAGGUGAAGCAGAGAGGUUCUCAUAUAUUCUGACAACUUCUAAAUUAGUGAUGUCUCUCGAAACUCCGCCAUUCUUCAAACCGGAAACUCGCUCCACUUUCCUUCUCACUCGACGCUUCACCACUUCUGCCACUGCCACCGCUUUUUCUCUUCCUUUCAGCCAUUUCAGAACUCUUGCUUCUCCUCUUCUCCCAAUUCCUGCUCUUCAAACCUCCAGACCUACUCACAUUCAGGCCAUUUUAGAGUCCAACUCCGGUGCCACCACCACCCCCGACCACCUAUCUGAAUCUCCGGUCAGAAUUGUCUCCCUUGUAGGCCAUGGAACCCUCAGUCCUUUAAAAUCCGCACCCUGGGAGGAGGUCAUGCUCCAUACUGCAAAGAGACUGAAAUGGGUUGAUGAAGAGUAUGAAAUGGCAGUGUUUACUGAUGAUUUGACUCAAUCAGAUAGUGAAAGUUAUCUAAAUCUGAAAAGGGAAUUGAAUCGUGCUGAUAUUUUGGUGAUUGUGGGUGUGAAAAAUCAAGAGCCAGUGAAGUGGAUUCAAAGCAAUAGCGGGAAUAUCAGAAACAUAAUUUGCUUUGAAUCUUCUCCCAGUUUGGAGAAUAAAUUGGGAGGUUCUUACGUAGAGAAUCAAAGUAAAGGGAGUAAAUUUUGGGGCCAAACAAAGACAACUAAUGAAACAGUAGAAGUGGUCAAGACUGUGUCUGAGGCAUGGGAAAGGCAUAAUUCCGAUGAUAUAAGGUUUUGUAUAUUGGUUAUAAUCAAUGCUUAUAUAAGGCCAGUCUCAAUUCUAAGGAAUCUGAGAUCAAAGGGGUUCUCUACUCUCAGUUGCAUGGCGAAGAAUUGUGGGAGUCAGAUACUAAACUGUCUCUUGGAUCCUGACUGCAGAAAAGCUUUGCAGUGCUUGAAUGACUGUAGUCCUGUGGAUCAAGUGUGUAACUAUCGGUGCAUUGCUUCAUAUGAAAGUCCUACAUUAGAAGCAUUUUCUCUGUGUGUGUUGCAGAAGCACAAUUGUCUUGGAUUAGAUGCAAAGAUCCCAGAAAGGCCUCACGUGCCCCCCAUGACGAAAUUUCGUGGGGAAGACUUGUGCCAUGAAGUUGCUGAGGAUGUUUUUGUUGGCUGGCUGGGGGGUUUGGAUUGGAGUUGGCGUGUAGUGGCUGGGCAGAACCCAGCUUAUGAUCAGUUUCCCUGUCAAUACCAGCUCUUUUACCGGGGAAAGGCAAAAGGGUCAUUUUGGUAUGAGCCAGUAUUUCAGGUGAAAACUCUCGAGGGGGAAAUGGUUUGGAGGAGGAGAAGGUAUAGAGUUAAAAGGGGAAAAGUCCCUGGGACAUUUUACUUCAGUGUGUUGGACAAUGGGGUUGUGUCUAAUGAGUUUUGGACCAUAGUGGAUGCACCAGAUGAUCUUAGUUGGGGUUUGUUUCAUUACAAUGGAGCUGCUCGAGUUGCAGGACAAUCUUACACUGGGGCAGUACUUGUGAGUCCAGAUGGAGCAUACCCAAGUGAUGUGGAGGAGAAGAGAUUGGUUUCUGCUUUGGAGAAAUGUGGAAUUGAGGAAUGGGAGCUUUAUACGGUUGAUAAUUGUUCAUGUGUAGAUCCUCCAUUGGGAAUCCCGGAGGGUUCAAGUUUGCAUUAUGUGAUUCAAGUUAAAGAAUUGGGUGUUCAAAUUGAGCUACCAAAUUGAUGAAGUAAAAUUUAAAAUAAAAGAAAAAAUAAAGUAGCUUUGAAAGUUAGUGGAAACAUUUGAUUUAUUGAUAUAAGCUGAUUGAAUUUGCUUUUU